UUCUAACUGCUCCUGCAUACACUCGCCCGCCUCCUUCUGCCUGGAAACACACAAACAUCCAGGAUUUUGCACAUGUGGGAAAAGUUCAAGUAUGUCUAUUACUUGCACAUAGUUCUAUUUUAACUGGUUGAUAAAUAUUGUUUUUCAUAUUUUGGCCCAGUAUUUUAACAUUACCCCUCCUAUUCACACCCAGCUCCAGUUCAACUGUCGUACAGAGCAGCUGUCACUGUCCGUCAGUCAUACUGCAAUAGACAGGGCUGUUGGCAGCCUGGAGAGAGCUGCACAUGUUGGGUGGAGUUGAAGUGGUUGCAUAAGAAGUCAGGAAACACUUUAUUUGUGUGUAACUAUUAAAACCCUGGAGGGCAACGGCCAGCAGCCUCGAGGUCUGGAUCCAGGUUGACUCGACUCCAAAGGGACCAACGAAUCAGUUUGCUGCUCUAUACUUUGUUUCCUGCUUCGACUCCUUCAAACAUGGACACGCAACAGUCCAAGGCCAAAGAAGAAACCGCUGUGGAUGCAGAGCUAGCUAAAGCCAUAAUGGCUCGGUGUUUCCACCCCUCCUUGAUCGGUACGGAAGCCUGGGAGGGAUACGUCUUUUCUGACAUGGAGAUCCGUAUCAAAGAGUCCACAGACCUCUACGGAGCUGUGCUCUGGCCCUCGGCGACGGUGUUGUGUCAUUUCUUAGAGACCAACCGAGACAAACACAACCUCACGGACCAAAAUGUGAUUGAGCUCGGUGCUGGAACCGGGCUGGUCUCCGUGGUGUCCAGCCUGUUAGGUGCUAAGGUGACCUCCACUGACCUACCCGAAGUGUUGGGGAACCUCAAGUACAAUGUCAUGCGCAACACCAAGGACCGAUGCAAGUACAUCCCUCUGGUCACCGAGCUCAUCUGGGGUCCGGAGGUGGAGCAGCGUUUCCCACGCGCCACACAUUGUUUCGACUACAUCCUGGCAGCUGACGUGGUGUACGCCCAUCCUUACCUGGAGGAGCUGAUGGACACCUUUGAUCACCUGUGCCAGGAAAACACACAGAUCCUGUGGGCCAUGCGCUUUCGCCUGGACCGAGAGAACUGUUUCGUUGACCGCUUUCGGGAGCGCUUCCACGUGGAGGAGCUGUACGACCUCCCCAGUCUCAGUAUCAAACUGUACCGAGCCUGGAGGAAGGACAAGAGGAUGAAGGACCAGCGAUAGAGUGACUGCAGAAUUAUGUAAAAUGCCUGUAUUGUUUUGCUGAAUGGGAAAUAUGUCACAUUGUGGAUCUCCUGUGUGUGCCAAUGUCUCCAUCAACUAAUCAAAGUUGUGAUCUAUGUUUUUACACAUUAUUACAUUAUGUACAAGUGUAUUUAACUACUUGAAACAUGUAAUUGUAUUGCAACACCAAAAUGUUCAUUGAAAUCCAUCUGAAAAUGGGUCAACAGAAGCAGUUUUUAUUUCUUUAUUUUAUACCUUAAUAAGGCUUAUCCUGCGAAACUGGAAGAGCCCACAUACGGCUACGCUCACUGACUGGCUCUAACUCAUGACGGAGGCGGCUGCUUUGGAAAAUAUGAUUGCCAGAGUAAAGAACAGUUCAGCCAAACUGAUCAAUUAUGGAAAAGUCUGAUGGCUUUUUUUACAAUAAGAGGAGGGGUCAAAUACUCAGGGGCCGGAUUUGGUUUUUUAGGGAAAUGCAAAUAUAUCUGCAGGGUGGUGUGUACACAUUUACAAGUAAAACAAAAUUAAGGGGUGCCGUUUUUGUUGUGUGUUUUGUUUUUCUUUCUUUUUUUUGUCUUUGGGUGUAUAUGUGUGUGUGUGUGUGUGUGUGUGUAUGUAUG